AAAGAAGUAGCUAGCUUUCUGGGUUUUCAUUUUUGUAGCCUUUAAUUUGCUUGCAUAGCUUUGUAUACCGCUUUAGAGAAUCGAGAGAAGACAACAAUGGCGGAUAAAGACUCAGAUUUCCCUUCUCAGAAGCUACCCUCUGCCUCUCAGGUUCUUGAAGAGCUAAAAGAGCUAUGGGGAAUGGCUUUGCCAAUAACGGCUGCUCAUUUAAUGGCGUUUUUUAGAGCAGUGGUCUCAUCCAUUUUCUUGGGCAGGCUAGGCAGUCUGGAGCUAGCCGGUGGUGCACUGUCCAUUGGGUUCACCAACAUAACUGGCUACUCAGUUCUAGUGGGCUUAGCCUCUGGACUAGAGCCAGUAUGCAGCCAAGCUUAUGGCAGCCAGAACUGGGACCUCUUAUCACUCUCUCUCCAACGCAUGAUCUUAAUCCUUUUAAUAGCAAUCAUACCCAUAAGCCUCUUAUGGCUUAAUCUCGAAACAAUCAUGAACUCAAUGGGUCAAGAUCGAAACAUCACAGCAAUGGCGUCAACAUAUUGUAUAUACUCUCUCCCUGAUCUUUUAACAAACACUUUGCUACAACCUUUGCGAGUUUUUCUAAGAUCACAGAAGGUGACAAAGCCCAUUAUGUACUGCUCACUCAUGGCUGUUGUAUUCCACGUGCCACUGAAUUACAUGCUGGUAGUGAUGAUGGGGCUUGGGGUCCCUGGGGUGGCAAUGGCAUCAGUAGUAACUAACAUGAACAUGGUGGUUUUGAUGGUGGGGUAUAUGUGGUGGGUACGUGGAUGGUGGGAGAUGAAAUGGACGGGUGGGAUUGGAGGGGUGUGUGAUGGAGUGGGGCCAUUGUUGAAGUUGGCAGUGCCUAGUUGUUUAGGUAUCUGCUUAGAGUGGUGGUGGUAUGAGAUAGUGAUUGUAAUGGCAGGUUACUUGCCAAAUCCAACACUGGCCGUGGCGGCCACUGGGAUACUAAUUCAGACGACUAGCAUGAUGUACACUGUUCCUAUGGCUCUUGCUGGCUGUGUCUCUGCUCGGGUGGGGAAUGAGCUUGGAGCUGGUAGGCCAUACAAAGCAAGGUUAGCAGCUAUGGUUGCAUUGGGAUGUGCCUUUGUAAUUGGUAUCAUCAAUGUCUCAUGGACAGUGAUCCUUAAAGAGAGAUGGGGUAGUUUGUUCACUAAAGAUGGUCUUGUUAAAGGUUUGGUAGCAUCAGUUUUGCCCAUAAUAGGCCUUUGUGAGCUAGGCAACUGUCCUCAAACAACUGGCUGUGGGAUCUUACGUGGCACGGCUCGACCUGUGAUUGGGGCUCGUAUCAACUUGGGUUCAUUUUACUUUGUGGGUACCCCAGUUGCAGUGGGCUUGGCUUUUGGGCUCAAUAUUGGAUUUGUUGGGCUGUGGUUUGGACUCCUUUCAGCGCAAGUGGCUUGUGUUGUAUCUAUUCUUUAUGUUGUGUUGGUCCGAACGGAUUGGGAACAUGAGGCAUGGAAAUCUAGGAAGCUGACCAGCAUCGAAAUGAGUCCAAGCGAUAGUGUCGAAGGUAAAGAACACGAAGAGGAAGAAGAAAGAAGGUUACUAGUUAAUGGAAAGCACAUUCGACUUAUAUUUUCUGAUUACUGAUAGAAUAAGUGUGCAAACUAUCUUAUAAAUAAAUUCAGUGUUCAGAAUAUUUAAAGAAAGAAAGCAGAAGAUCAAAUAUGUUGAUAUACAUCGCAUAUGUUCUCAACUUGAUUAGGCCACCGUAUAUGUACGGACAAUUGAGAUAGCUGUCUAAGAAGACAAACAAAAGAAGUUGAAUUUGAUAAAAACAUCUUUUUAGUGAUGUCUUUGUG